UUGUGCCUUCUGUUUUAUUUUCGUCGUCUUCCCCAUUUUGGAAAGAUGCGGUUAAUUUACGUAAUAGCAAUAUUAUUGGUUUCCACGUGUCAAGCUGGAUUUUUUAGCUCACUAGUUUCAAGGUUUACUGGUGGUGGAAACUCAUCACCUUCUUCUAGUUCAAGUUCUUCAUCAUUUUCGAAUUCAAGGAAGCCAUCUCUAUCAGAUGAGAAAGCAAGGAGUUACCUUCAAACAUUCGGCUAUGUUCCGCCAUCAAACUCCCUGCAAUCUAGAAAUGGCAUGGCCGGAGAUAUACAAAGUGCCGAGCAAGUCUUCAAAUCGGCCAUUCGAAAAUUCCAAGAGUUCGCCGGAAUCGCUAAAACCGGAUUUCUGGACGCGGCGACGAAAGCAAAAAUGGCAUUGUCCAGGUGCGGAGUUACAGAUGCUCCAUUAGCAUUGACUUCUGGAUCAAGCCAGUUCAAAUGGUCUAAAACUCGGCUUACGUAUUCUAUCGAGAGCUGGUCUUCCGAUUUGUCAAAGGAUGAUGUCAGACGUGCCAUAUCUGAAGCCUACGGUCUCUGGUCGAAAGUAACACCGCUGGAGUUCUCAGAAGUCCCCGCUGGCAGCACUUCGGACAUCAAAAUCCGAUUCGGCGUCCGCAAUCACAACGAUCCUUGGCCAUUCGACGGAGAAGGUGGUGUCCUGGCACACGCUACAAUGCCCGAGUCUGGAAUGUUCCAUUUUGAUGAUGACGAGAACUGGACCUAUAAGGAUGCGCGAAAGAUUCACAACAAUGAAGCGACGGAUCUGUUGGCUGUGGCGAUCCACGAAGGUGGGCAUACACUGGGUCUGGAACACUCGAGAGACGAAAACGCCAUCAUGGCUCCGUUCUACCAAAAGACCACUGAUUCGAGUGGAAAUUAUGUGUACCCGAAUUUGAAGUCGGAUGAUAUUUCCGCGAUUCAAGCGAUUUAUGGAGCCGGAAGCGGGAGAUCAUCAUCUGGUUCUGAUUUCGGGGGAAGUAGUGGAGGUGGAUCGAGAACUACUGCUCGACCCACAACCACUACUAGAAGCUGGUUUGGAAGAUUCUUCGGCGAUGAUGAUGAUGAUGUUCGAUCUCGUACCACCACAAGACGAACCACGUUAUGGCCGACCACUCAAUCACCAUUUUCUGGGGAUGAUUGGGGAUCUGGCUCAGGAUCUUCCGGACGUGGCGGAAGUUCCAGUGGAAGUUCCGGCGGUGGAUGCCCAUCACACAUCGACGCGUACACUCCGAGCUCAUCCUUCUCCUACGCAUUCUCUGGCUCACAAGUCUACACAAUUAGUGGGACCAAGGUCACAAAAGUUCAGUCUAUCCACGACCUGUUUCCAUCUGCUCCAACGCCUGUCAAUGCUGCUCUCUGGAAUCCGAUUUCUGGCUCCAUGCUGCUCUUUAGUAGCAACCGGGUGUAUAGCUACUAUUUUUCGAACAUUCGUCAAAUCUUCCAAAUGGACAGCGGAUUCCCAAAAACUCUUCCAUCAGACCUAGGAUUUUCCGUCUCGGGAGCUCUUCGCUGGAUUAACGGGCAUCAGAUUUUGAUGAGCAGCGGUGACGAGUUUGCAGUCUAUGAUGAGUUUUGGAAUCAGGUUACGCUGAAGAAUAGAAUCUCAUCUUAUUUCCCGAACUUGCCACGUGGUGUUAAAGGAGUUGAAUCUCCAGCCGGAUCUGUCAUCACUGCCUUCACUUCGAAUCAAGUGUUCGAAUAUAACUCUAGAACCAAAUCCAUCGGACGUCAAUCUGGAUUUUCCAGUUAUAUCGCCUGUUAAUACUGAAUAUCUCAUAAGUCGCUAUUUUUCUUCUGCUGUAAAUCAUAUUUCUCACUCCAAACUACUAAUAAUUAAUGAAGUUUUCAAAUUG